GGAGUAUCUUUCUCCAGAACUUGCACUGAGUUUGAAACGUGAAGAUGAAAUUGCUGUGCUUACUUGCUGUGCUUCUGUGUGGAAGCCUAGCUGAAGCUUCGUGCGGGACACGUCCCUCAGGAGCACGCAUUGUUGGGGGGGAAGAAGCGGUCCCAAAUUCGUGGCCAUGGCAACUGUCACUCAGAGGUCCCUACAGCCACAAGUGCGGGGCGACAUUGAUCACGCCUGAGUGGGCGGUAACCGCUGCUCACUGUGUCGGUGCUGCCGCUGACCCCGCGCGCCUGCGUUUAGUGGCAGGUGCUCACAACAUCCGUAACGAUGGCAAAGAGCUCUACGUCGCACGCGUUAUUCGUCACGAGAAGUACAAGCGACUCCGCCAUGACAUCGCACUACUGAGGCUAGCUCGACCGCUAGCGGUUGACAAGAAAGUGUCUACUGCAUGCCUGCCCCAGCAAGGGGAUAGGGCGAACCCAGGGCUGAAGUGUUAUAUUACAGGUUGGGGUAGGUACCACUCCACCAUAACCAACCCGGCCAAGAGCCUCCGCCAGAGCCUGGUACCCCUUGUUGACCACGUAACGUGCAAACGCGGCUUGAAAGAGUUCUACUUAGACGAGGAGACCAUGAUGUGUGUUGGAGGGGCAGGGAGCAGCGCCUGCAAUGGGGACAGCGGUGGCCCUCUGGUGUGUGAGGAAGGGGGCAAAUGGGUGCUUCGCGGCGUUGCAUCAUGGGUAGCCACUUCACAAUGCCCUGUUAAUAACUAUAGCGUGUACGCUAGGGUGAGCAGUGACGUUGAUUGGAUCCAGGACAAGAUCGCUGCUGAUCCUGGUGUCGAUGGCUUUACGACGCCAACACCGCCAGAGUGUAAGGACCAAACCCCCAACUGUCCCUCCUGGGUGUCGCUUUGUCAUGUUCCCGCGUAUCAAGGCUUCUGUCCCAAGACAUGCGGAGUGUGCAAAUAGUUUUCUGAUUAUGAUGAUACAUUAGCGUCAUUAGACUUGGUUCCAGAGCUACUCCAUGUAAAAAAACGAAACGAAUAAAGUCAUUUUGCCAA